AUGAGAAUCCCAUCAUUAUUCCACGGCCAUCACUCUCCGACCGUAGAGCAGCCAAUAGCUUCCAUACCUGUCACGAUGAGUCGAUCCGAAGCAACAUGGAGCUCGGCCUUCGGAGGGAUCCCAGAAACCGUCACCAAGCCAUGGAAACCGCCACCAAGGAAGACGUAUCUCUUCAAAAGAGCCAAUCUUGUGGAUACCGCUCAAGGGGUCAUCAUCUCCAACGUCAACGUCAAGGUCGCAGAUGGCGUGAUCAAGCUAGUCGAGAAGAACGAUCCCAGAAUUGCCGGCCUCGCUCAUCAUCUACGGCGCGAAGAUGACUUGGAACCAGUAACAGAAAUUGACCUCGACGGCAAGUUUCUAUGUCCCGGGCUUAUCGACUGCCAUGUCCAUGUCAGUGCCGUACCAGGGGAACUCAGUCUCUCUUCCGCCGCGGCCAUUUCUGAUCCUGCUAUUUCCCUUCUUCGUCAACCCUUCGUCUGCUCGCAGAUGCUUAGCAGGGGUUUCACCACUGUUCGUGACACGGGUGGUGCCACGCUUGCCUUGAAGGAGGCUCUUGAAGAGGGCGUUUUUCCUGGCCCACGGCUCUUUAUCUGCAAUCGGGCUCUGUCUCAGACAGGUGGCCAUGGCGACCUCCGCGGCGCCCACGACCACGGAAACCAAGUAGGCUGUUGUGCGGGCUCAGCGGGCCAACUGGCUGUGGUCUGUGACGGAGUACCGGAGUGCAUUCGUGCGGCGCGAGAGCAGCUGAGGACAGGAGCGGAUUUCAUCAAGAUUAUGGUCGGAGGCGGCGUUGCCUCUCCCACGGAUCGGUUGACCAACACGCAAUUCACGGCUGCCGAGGUCCGGGCCAUCUGCGAUGUAGCAGAGAGCUACGGAACCUACGUGACUGCCCAUGCAUACACGCCCAAAGCAAUCCGCCAUGCUGUUGACAAUGGUGUCAAGGGUAUCGAACACGGGAACCUUAUUGACGAAGCGACGGCGCGGUAUAUGGCUGAAAAGGGAAUCUGGCUAACGCCAACGUUAGUAACGUAUGACGCGAUGGCAUCAGAUGAGUAUGCCGGCUUUCUGCCGCCAGAAAAUCAGCGAAAGAACGAAGAGGUGCUUCGUCAGGGAUUAAUGUCACUCACAAUUGCGGAGAAGGCAGGAGUCAACAUGUGUUAUGGCUCUGAUCUUUUGGGACCUUUGACGAGAGAGCAGUCGAAGGAGUUUGGCAUCCGUUCGGUCAUCCUAAAGAGCAAGCAAGUUUUGCAGUCAGCUACUGUAAAUGCGGCAAAGAUGUUGGGACAGGAGUCGUUUCUCGGCCAGCUCAAACCAGGAUAUGCUGCGGACAUGCUUAUCCUCAACGUCAACCCAUUCAACGAAGUGGCGGUGCUGGACGAGCCAGAGAGACAUGUGUUGGCAGUAAUGAAAGACGGACGAGUACACGUGAGCCGGUGGAGGAAACUUCUCGUGGACGCAACAAACAAAGAGGAACUGAUCGAGUGA